CUUCGUGGACUGUGUUUGUCAUAUAAAACCAAGUUGGGCCCAUUUGUUUCAAGGUGGCAAAACACGCGGCGGGUGCGAGAUGAUGUGGUCGCGACGGAGCUGAAUCCGGUGACCGCGCUCGGAAUACUGAAAAAUCACGAACCCUAAUCUUCGACCAAUCUCAUCAGCACAGUAUUUCUCUCUUUCAUUACGCGAUUCAUUUCGUCUGCACCCAAUUCACUCCUCUACUACUUGUUCUGGAAGUUGCAGACUCUAUUUUUUGGUGGAUUUGAAAGGUAUGGACUUAAAAGAAGAAGCUGUGAAGGACAUAAUCUCAUGGGAUGGGACUCUCUCUUCAAGUGAUUUUUCCCUUUCUGCUUCCACAUUUUCUGAAAAGUGGAAAAUGUUCAAUCCUUCCUUUCCUCCAUGGCUGUGGAUUCCAUGUCCGAAUCAUCAUGUAGUUUCUUCUCAUAACGUGGAAGGAUACUUAUCACUGGAGAACAUGUGCCUUGUCAAAUCACAGGAAGAAGAGAGUAACAGAACUUUGACAUGGAAGGUAGAGAGCAACAUUUCACAGAAAGAUGAGCCCAUUGAUUAUGCCACUUUAGAAUGUCCGGAGCAUGAAGUGAACUACUAUGAUUUUCAUAUUGUCUACAGUCCUUCUUAUAGAGUUCCAGUGUUGUAUUUCCGUUCAUACCAUAGUGAUGGACAACCUUUGCUGUUGAAUGAAAUUGAAAAGGACCUUCCAGGUCAUUCUGCAAAGUUACUAUCAGAAUCCAAAUGGACAUUUAUCACACAGGAGGAACACCCAUAUUUGAACAGGCCAUGGUUCAAAUUGCAUCCAUGUGGGACGAGUGAGUGGAUGAAGCUGCUCUUCCAUAGUGAUACGUCUUUGAAUAAAAAUGGGUUAGUUAUUGAACAAUAUCUGGUUUCCUGGUUCUCGGUCAUUGGACAAGUAAUUGGUCUGAAAAUUCCUUUUGGGAUGAUGGAUUAAUGAAUCCCCUCAAACGAAUGAAAGUAAUAAAAUUGACUAAUUCUAUC